AUGCAGGUUGCUGAGUACCCAGAGUCCUCCAACAGCCAAAGCUACUAACAACUUCCUCACACCAUGAGCACAAACUUGUCCAAGGACAAUAAUACCCAGCCCAAUAUCACCUUCUCUGAGCCACUAUGCAGAGCUACUGUGCUCUACAUGCUCCUGUAUUCCAUGAUCUAUGCUGUGGGCCUAACUGGUAACUUGGCUAUCAUUUAUGUGAUCCUGAGGGCACCAAAGAUGAAAACAGUAACUAAUGUGUUUGCCCUGAACCUAGAUAUUGCUGAUGGGUUCUUUGUGCUGGUGCUCCCAGCCAACAUCACUGAGUACCUGCUACAGCACUGGCCCUUUGGGGAGCCAUUCUGCAAACUGGUGCUGACCAUUAACUACUACAACAUCUUCUUCAGCAUCUACUCCUUGGUUGUGAUGAGUGUGGGCUGCUACUUAGUGAUGCUGGCCACUGUGCAAUCUUGCCAAUUGCCUAGGCACACAGAGGGGGCAAAAGUUGCCAGCCUUUGUAUCUGGCUAGGUGUCACCAUCAUGGUUCUCCUCUUCUGCUCCUUUGCCCAUGUCUGCAACAGUGAGUUACAGGCACCCAUCUGUGUGCUAAGUUUCCUGAGGCCGGAGUGGGCCUGGUUUCAGGCCAGCCACACAUAUACAUUGGUUCUCAGCUUUGCAGUGCCAUUGUGCAUCAUCUGCAUGUCAUAUGUGGACCUGCUGCACAGAUUUCGAACCAUGAAGCUCCACUCUGGCACCAAGGUUCUGGGCAAGGCCAAGAGGAAGAUAACUAUCCUGGUCCGCACUGUGUUGGCCAUGUGCUUUCUCUGCUGGAUGCCCUUUCACCUGGCCUCUGUGGUGGCUCUGACUACAGGCAUGCUCCACAUAUCUCUGGUUAUUGGUAUCUCCUAUGCCAUCACCAGCCUCAGCUACGUCAACUUAUGCCUCAAUCCUUUCUUGAAUUCAUUCCUAAAUGACAACUUCUGCAAGAAUUUCUGUACCAUAACCCUGUUUCAGGAGGACUGA